GAAGAGGGACAACGUGCCAUCAAUGACUUCACCAUGCAGAAAGCAAAGCUUCAAACUGAGAAUGGUGAACUUGCAAGACGACUUGAGGAAAAGGAUUCCCUGGUGUCUCAACUAACCAGAGGAAAACAGUCAUACACUCAACAAAUUGAGGACCUUAAAAGACAACUAGAAGAGGAAGUUAAGGCCAAGAAUGCUUUAGCCCAUGCAGUGCAGUCUGCUCGUCAUGACUGUGACCUGCUCAGGGAGCAGUAUGAGGAGGAGCAGGAGGCCAAGGCUGAAUUGCAGCGUGGCAUGUCCAAGGCCAACUCAGAGGUGGCUCAGUGGAGAACUAAGUACGAAACUGAUGCCAUCCAGAGAACUGAGGAACUGGAGGAGGCCAAGAAGAAGCUGGCUCAGCGUCUGCAGGAGGCUGAGGAAACUGCUGAAGCAGUAAAUGCUAAAUGUUCCUCUCUGGAGAAGACCAAACACAGGCUGCAGAAUGAGAUUGAAGAUCUUAUGGUUGACGUGGAGAGGUCUAAUGCUGCUGCUGCUGCUCUGGACAAGAAGCAAAGAAACUUUGACAAGAUCUUGGCAGAGUGGAAACAAAAGUAUGAAGAGUCUCAAACAGAGCUGGAGAGCUCUCAAAAGGAGGCCAGGUCCCUGAGCACUGAACUCUUCAAACUGAAGAACUCCUAUGAAGAAUCACUGGAACAUCUGGAGACGAUGAAGCGAGAGAAUAAGAAUCUGCAGGAGGAAAUAUCUGACCUCACUGAGCAAAUUGGGGAGAGUGGGAAGAGUAUUCAUGAGCUUGAGAAGAUUCGAAAACAGUUGGAGCAAGAGAAGUCUGAGAUACAAGCAGCCCUGGAAGAAGCAGAGGCCUCAUUAGAGCAUGAGGAAGGGAAGAUUCUCAGAGCCCAGCUUGAAUUUAACCAGAUUAAGGCCGAUAUUGAGCGCAAGCUGGCUGAGAAAGAUGAAGAGAUGGAGCAAGCAAAGAGAAACCAACAGCGUACUGUGGACACUCUUCAAAGCUCUCUCGAGGCAGAGACUCGCAGCAGGAAUGAGGCCCUCCGUUUGAAGAAGAAGAUGGAGGGAGACCUCAAUGAGAUGGAGAUCCAGCUGAGCCAGGCCAACAGGCAGGCAGCUGAGGCUCAGAAACAACUUAAGGCUGUUCAUGCACAUCUAAAGGAUGCACAACUCCAGCUUGAUGAGUCUCUUCGAGCCAAUGAUGAUCUGAAGGAAAACAUUGCCAUUGUAGAGAGACGCAACAACCUGCUUCAGGCUGAAGUGGAGGAGCUCAGGGCUGCUCUGGAACAAGCUGACAGAAGUCGCAAACUUGCUGAGCAAGAGCUGCUGGAUGUUAGUGAAAGGGUGCAGCUACUGCACUCACAG